CAUUGGUACUGUAGCGUACAGUAAACUGAAGGAUUUGAUCAUCCCAAGAACCGUAGAAGACUGUACAUAUGAUGAGCUCGUAGAUCUUUUGAGUGCACAUUACAAACCGUCAAACAUCGAGAUCGCUGAACGAUACAAGUUUUUCAAACGUACUCAGGCACCAGGGGAGAGUGUCAUGGAUUUUGUUGCUGAGCUCAAGAAGAUCGCGGUCAAUUGUAAUUUCGGCCCGUACUUGCAGACUGCUUUACGUGAUCAAGUCGUGUGUGGGAUGAGCGACAGCAAGUGCCAGAAUGAGCUGUUGUGCAAGGAUAACCUGACGUUGGAUAUCGCUUUGCAGCAUGCCAGGGCGUCUGAGACGGUCAGACGUGAGUCGCAGCUGAUCCACACGGACGGAGCUGCUGCUUUCAGGGUCACCCGCGGACCGCCCGAGGGCCCGCCGCCGUUCGGGUCGGGCCGUGCCGGCGCGAGCUCUGGCGGACGGGCACCGCCCGAUGGCGGGCGGCGCGCCUCCGGCCCAGACAGCGGGCAGCGCGCCGCAGCGCCGCGGGGCAGCGGCGGACAGCGCGCUGCGGCGCCGCGGGACGGCGGCCGGCCGUGCUGGCGGUGCGGUUCCAGACACGGCGGUACGUGCCGCUUCAAGGAUACCGGUGCCAUUCCUGCGGUGCCAUCGGUCAUCUGUCGCGCUGCUGUACGCGAGGCAGAGACGAGCGCACCAACCGACUGGCUGAAGAUGAUCCUGCCGCGUCACCGGAAACGCUGCAGCUGGAUAAUCUCUCCAGCUCUGACCCCGUCUACAUGGGAUCUUCCCGUGAUCGUGGUCAAGGGCUCUGGUCCGAGCCUCAUGGGCCGCAACUGGCUGCACCUGAUGAGGAUCAACUGGUCUGAAGUACACGCUCUACGCUCUCCAACGUCACAGCCGGCCACGGACAUGAUCAAACGCAAGUACCCCGAUCUGUUCCUUCCACGGUUGGGUGAGCUUAAGGGGGUGCGUGUUCACCUUGAUAUUGACCAAUCUGUGAGGCCCAAGUUUUGCAAGGCCCGUUCGAUUCCGUAUGCAUACAAGGCAAAGGUAGAGGAGCAGUUAGAUGCUGAUAUCGCUAGUGGGGUUUUAGUACCAGUGAAAGACAGUCGCUGGGCAGCCCCUAUUGUACCUGUGAUUCGGCCUGAUGGCAAGAUCAGAGUCUGCGCAAAUUUCAAGCUAACCGCUAACACUGCUGUGCGCAUGGACCGUUACCCUCUGCCCAAGACGGAGGACAUGCUGUCUUCCUUGAGUGGGAAAAAUAUAUUUUCCAAACUCGACCUAGCGCAGGCAUACAAUCAGUUGGUCGUCCAUGAAGAGUCACGCGAGAUACUCACCAUCAACACGUCUCGUGGGCUUCUCAGAUAUUCCAGGAUACCGUUCGGCGUGAACGUGGCCAGUGGCGUCUUCCAGCGCGAGAUGGAGAAGCUGUUGGCGGGCAUCCCUGGAGUCGUUGUCUUCCUCGAUGAUGUUCUGCUCAGCAGUGAGACCCGGGAGCAGCACUGGAAGCUGCUCGACGUCGUUUGUCAACGUCUUCAAGACGCCGGUCUCCGUGUCAGGGAGGAGAAGUGUCUGCUCUUCCAGAGUCAGGUCGACUACCUGGGACACCUCAUCAGCGCAAGCGGAGUCCGCACGAACGCCUCCAAGGUAAAGGCUAUCUUGGCUGUCCCCGAGCCCAAGACAGUAUCGGAGCUGAAGACCUUCCUGGGUCUCAUAUCUUAUUACUCGCGAUUUGUUCCUGACAGAGCUUCUAUUUCGGCACCCCUCUAUGACCUCCUAGGGAAGAAUGCUGUGUGGCGCUGGGGCUCAAAGGAGAGAGACAGCUUCAACAAGGUCAAGGAAAAGUUGGCAGCAAAUACGCUGCUUGUCCACUAUGACAACACCAAGCAGCUCGUUUUGACUUGUGACGCUUCUAGCGUUGGUGUGGGCGCUGUGCUGUCUCAGAUCGAUGACGCAGGGAGAGAGAUGCCCAUCGCUUUCGCAUCUCGACGGCUGUCACUAUCUGAGUCUAGAUACGCCCAGAUAGAGCGCGAAGGACUGGCCAUAAUCUUUGGAGUCACAAAGUUCCACAAUUAUUUGUGUGGCGUACCUCGACCGUUCGCUCUGGUUACUGACCACAAGCCCUUAGUGAAGUUGUUCGGUGAACAUGAAGGACUGCCAGAGAUGACUGCCGCGCGGAUUCGCAGGUGGGCGCUUAAACUGUCGUGUUACAACUACACCAUACGGUUCCGCCCUACAGGCCAGAUGGGUAACGCAGAUGCACUGAGUCGCUUACCUGUUCCCACAGAAGUCGGCGCACAGAUGGAAGAGCUGGUGCUGCUGGUUGAUGAUGUGCCUCAUGAUGCUGAAGAGCUGGUUCUCCUCGCAGGUGCAGACUGGCUGGAUUCCAAGGCGAUCGCGCUGCAGACCAGUCGAGAUCCGGUGCUGUCCAAAGUCCUGAGGUGGGUGCAGUUCGCAGACUGGCCGUCCGAGGCACCAGAUGACUUCAAACCGUUUAUCAGAAGGAGGGACGAGCUUACUCAGACAGCGGGAGUGCUUCUGUGGGGUCACAGGGUGGUGGUACCCCAGUCAAGUAGGGAGACUGUUCUGCGUGAACUCCACGUGAGUCACCCCGGGAUGCGGCGUAUGAAGUCGCUAGCCAGAUCGAUUGUAUGGUGGCCUGGUAUCGACGCGCAGAUCGAGCGGGUUGUGCAAAACUGUUCGCCUUGCCAGCAGAGUCGACCCAAGCCGCCGCACGCCGAGCUGCAUCCAUGGGCCUGGCCAUCUAGACCGUGGUCCCGGAUCCACUGCGACUUCGCCGAACCGGUACGCGGCAAGUAUGUGUUCUGCAUGGUCGACGCCCAUUCCAAGUGGGUGGAGGCGGAGAUUCUGCCGUCCACCGCCUCUGCUCCCGUUAUCGCUUGUCUCCGCCGUGUGUUUGCAAGGUGGGGACUGCCAGAUAUGUUAGUCUCCGACAAUGCUACCACCUUUACGUCUGAUGAGUUUCAGCGCUUCUUGGCCGGCAACCGGGUCUCCCACCGCACGAUCGAGCCCCGACAUAGCCAGGGCAAUGGGUUGGCCGAGCGCGUGGUUAAGGAAGUGAAACUCGUGUUGCAGAGAGACGCAGGAGACGGCUGGGAGCUGGCGUUGUCCAAGUGGCUCCUGCGGCAGAGAACGACGCCUCACUCUACAACGACUGUAACGCCUGCCGAGCUGAUGCUGGGACGCAAGCUGAAGACACGACUCGAUCGUAUGUAUCCCGAUUUGAACAGGUCAACCGGCUGGUGCGGCAUGCACUACCACACCGGCUGUAACGACGCUGCCCACUGAUGUCGAGAUCUCCCGUGGCGGCGUCCCUCGACCGACUGCUGGGACCGUCUCUCAAGGCGCCGCGCUGGCCGCCGCCGAGAACGACAUGGCCACGCGUCGU